UGGGGAACUAGGCAUGCCUCCGUGUGGUAUCUGUGACACUGUUAGUGGGAGCUUGCUGUGCGCGACCUGGCAGUCACGUUUCCUACAGCACAGUUGGGACUGCAUUUCGAUGGUUUCUGAUUGGCUGUGGAGCGCUUUAUCGAACAGGAAGGCACAAUAGAAGUGUUUGAAUCAGACACGGCUGGGAGAUCUGGCAGUGCCAGUUUGCAAGGUGAAGAUUUAUUCGGUCCUUUGAUCGUCGGAGAAGCUGGUCUCUGGGAUCUGAAAUCGGUUCGUGCAGAGAUUCCCCCCGUGGAUGGAAGGGAGGGGAGCCGAGGUUGGCGGAAAUCCCUUGACCCUUUGGUAGGAUGGCCCCGGACCGGGUCCUCCCCGCUUCCGACGCUGUUGGAGCAAACCUGGGCUCCGGUGAGACUACGAGCCAGUUUUAAUCCUGGUUCGUGUCGGUUUCCAGUGGAUUUCACAGUCCAGUGACCGUGUCCCUCUCUCUGCACUCAGGAGCGCAUGGAUUUCAGCAGUUCCUGUACCUCGCUCUGGACAGAAAGACCGAUGAAUGCAAACACAAGAAGGUGGGCGGACCCUAGAGGUCGCCCUAGGGCAUCUGCUCCCGACCUUCGGCCCUCGUCCCCUCCGAGCUACUACGACGCGGUGUGCGACAUGAAAGGCUCGGCUGGCAGUGAUUCGGCCAUCCACCGCGGUUCCGGUGCUUUCCGUGAGGGGCAGUACUACCAGAUGACGGAUGGCGGGUUGGCAGCUCCCUACAGGAGGCGAGGCGCCUUGGUGGAUCACAGAGAUGUCAUCAAGGCCCACGAGGCCCACAAGAUGCACAGCACCCCUCAGGCAAGGCGCAAGGAAUGGGAAAUGGCGAGGUUUGGCGACGAGGUACCCGCCAGGUAUGGCACUGGUCAGGGAAGCUCUGGACGAGGAGGCAGUCGUCAGGGCGGACCCCCAGGAGCGCCCCAGAGGAUGUACAAGCAAUCUAUGGCUCAGAGAGCCCGGACAAUGGCUCUCUACAACCCCAUUCCCGUCCGUCAAAAUUGCUUCACAGUUAACAGAUCCCUCUUUCUCUUCAGUGAAGACAACUUUGUAAGAAAAUAUGCCAAAAAGAUCACAGAAUGGCCUCCAUUUGAAUACAUGAUUUUAGCAACAAUCAUCGCCAACUGCAUCGUUUUAGCACUGGAGCAACACUUACCUGAUGACGACAAGACUCCCAUGUCUGAACGACUUGAUGACACCGAGCCAUAUUUCAUUGGAAUCUUUUGCUUUGAGGCAGGAAUCAAAAUAAUCGCCCUUGGAUUUGCUUUCCACAAAGGCUCUUACUUGCGGAAUGGUUGGAAUAUCAUGGAUUUUGUUGUGGUUUUGACUGGUAUUGUUGCUACAACGGGGGCAGAAUUUGACCUUCGAACUCUGCGCGCAGUGAGGGUCCUCCGACCCUUGAAGCUGGUUUCUGGAAUUCCAAGUUUGCAAGUGGUGCUGAAAUCCAUCAUGAAGGCAAUGAUCCCCCUGCUUCAGAUUGGGCUGCUGCUGUUCUUUGCCAUCUUGAUGUUUGCCAUCAUUGGGCUGGAGUUUUACAUGGGCAAAUUUCACAAGGCGUGCUUCGACAGCAACAAUGAAAUUGUGGGCGAGUCUCCUUGUGGGACUGACUUGCCAGCUCGUAUAUGUCCGGCUGGAUCCAACUGCACCGAGUACUGGGAAGGACCAAACUACGGAAUCACCCAGUUUGACAACAUCUUGUUUGCUGUCCUCACCGUCUUCCAGUGCAUCACCAUGGAGGGCUGGACUGACCUCUUGUACGACAGCAACGAUGCCUUGGGGAACACUUGGAACUGGUUGUAUUUCAUCCCCCUCAUCAUCAUUGGCUCCUUUUUCAUGCUGAACCUUGUGCUCGGUGUCCUGUCAGGGGAGUUUGCCAAAGAGAGGGAGAGGGUAGAGAAUAGGAGAGCGUUCCUAAAACUGAGGAGGCAGCAGCAGAUUGAGAGAGAGCUCAAUGGCUACUUGGAGUGGAUUUGUAAAGCAGAGGAGGUUAUCCUGGCAGAGGAGGAGACAGACACCGAGGAAAAAUCACCCUUUGAUGCUAUGAGAAGAGGAACAAUAAAAAAGAGUAAAACUGACCUACUGAAUCCUGAAGAGGGUGAAGAUCACCUGGCAGACAUCUCCUCUGUAGGGUCUCCAUUCACAAGAGCAAGUAUUAAAAGUGCCAAACUUGAGGGUUCUUCAUUUUUCCGUAAGAAGGAAAGACGCUUUCGAUUCUUUGUCCGACGGGUAGUGAAAACUCAGGCCUUUUACUGGACUGUGCUCAGUCUGGUAGCCCUCAACACCCUGUGUGUUGCGAUCGUGCAUUACAAACAGCCAGACUGGCUCUCUGACUUCCUCUACUAUGCAGAAUUCAUAUUCUUAGGACUCUUUAUGUCAGAAAUGUUUAUAAAAAUGUACGGUCUAGGCACAAGACCCUACUUUCAUUCUUCUUUCAACUGUUUUGAUUGCACGGUUAUUAUAGGCAGUAUUUUUGAAGUGCUCUGGGCUGCUGUCAAGCCAGGUACCUCUUUUGGCAUCAGUGUCUUACGGGCACUGAGGUUACUCCGUAUAUUCAAAGUCACAAAGUAUUGGGCUUCUCUCCGUAACUUGGUGGUCUCCCUCCUGAGCUCCAUGAAGUCUAUCAUCAGCUUAUUGUUCCUAUUAUUCCUCUUUAUUGUUGUCUUUGCACUUUUAGGAAUGCAACUCUUUGGUGGCCAGUUUAAUUUUGAGACUGGCACACCCUCCACCAACUUUGACACAUUCCCUGCAGCAAUAAUGACUGUGUUUCAGAUCCUGACAGGUGAAGAUUGGAAUGUGGUGAUGUACGAUGGCAUAGAAUCCCAGGGCGGCGUCAACAGAGGGAUGAUCUCCUCCGUCUACUUCAUCGUCCUGACUCUCUUUGGCAAUUACACCCUGCUGAAUGUAUUCUUGGCCAUUGCCGUGGACAACCUUGCCAAUGCGCAGGAGCUGACAAAGGAUGAACAGGAAGAAGAGGAGGCAGCCAAUCAGAAGCUUGCCUUGCAAAAGGCCAAGGAAGUGGCUGAAGUGAGCCCGUUGUCAGCUGCCAAUCUCUCAAUCGCUGCUACAGAGAGGGUAAGAGCCCCUUCCCCUAGGACCUCAGUGUUCAACAGUGAUGUCUGCACUCAAAUGAAGGAACAGCAGAAGAACCAGAAGCACGGGAAGACGGUGUGGGAGCAGCGGAUGAACGAGAUGAGGAAGCAGAACCUGAUGACCAGUCGGGAAGCCAUUUACAACGAGCUGGACCCCGAUGAGAGGUGGAAAAUGGCCUACUCCAUGAACAUCCGCCGGGACAUGAAAACCCACCUGGACCGGCCUUUGGUGGUCGAUCCUCAGGAGAACAGGAACAACAACACCAACAAGACCCGGCCUUCGGAACCCACGGUGGACCAGCGCAGCAGUCAACAGAGGGCAGAGGAGUUUCUGAGGAAACAGGCGCGUUACCACGACCCCAACAAAGACAGGACUCUGGAGAGGGAGGUGGCGGUGGUGGAGCAGGGCGAGAGGACUAGGAGGUACCACAGCAACAGCAAGGAAGGGGAUUCGAACCGAGAUGGGGUGCCGAGGGACAUGGAGUACCGGGGGAGGGAGCAGGAGGGCAACCAGGAGAGGGGCGUGAGGGAUGGCGAUUGCGAGAGGAGCCAAGCCGGUGAGCCCACGCACAGGCGGCACCAGCACAGGCAAGGGGGGAGCAAGGAAGGGAGGAGAGCCGACGGUGACAGGGAGCGGCGCCACAAGGCGCACCGGCGCAGCGCGGAAGCCCACGAUGCCGGCGGGGCGGAGGAUGGAGUCAAAGGCGAGAGGCGCUCGAAGCACCGGGAGGGCACCCGGGGCAGCAAGGAGGGCAAAGGGGGUGCAGACGGUGAGCACCCAGAAGGCGCGGAGAAGCGACGGAGGAACCGCCAUGCUCAAUCCACGUACGACAACGACGGGAAGAAAGAGAGGGAGGAAAAAGAUCCAGCGUCAAAGGAGAGGAGGCACAAACGAAAGAAGGAGAGCCAAGGGAAUGCUCCUCCUGCUCCUGGGGGCCCAGCCUUGUCCACCACACGGCCGGUACAGCAGGACCUCAGCAGGCAGAAUGGACAGCACGCCGAAGACAUCGACAACCUCCGGAACAGCAAGCUGGCAACGCAACCUGCCAAUCCCAGGAACGCCAACAAUCCCAGGGAUGCAGCCAAUCCCGCCAACCCAUCCAACCCCUCCAGUCUUCAUAACCCUGGAAAAAUGGCAAACCACACUAACCCUCCUAAUCCCAGUAACCCCUCCAAUCCCCUCAAUACAGCCAAUCGUAAGGCCCCCACUACCACCCCCGGGAAUCCAACCAAUCCUGGCAACCCCAAGAACCCGGAGAAUAACCUCAUCCUGACCAACCCAACCAAUCCCAACAAUCCGGCAAAAACCGUCCAGAAGCCCGAUCACACAACUGUAAAUAUUCCGUUUGCAGAUCCCACUCUACAAGUGAAUAAAAAUGCAAACACAGAUGCCGUGCCCAAAAAGGAAGAAGAAAAGAAAGAAGAGGAGGAGGUGAAAGGUGACGGGGAUGACGGUCCAAAACCAAUGCCACCCUACAGCUCCAUGUUCAUCCUGAGCACCACCAACCCAUUACGCAGAGCGUGCCAUUACAUUGUGACCCUCCGCUACUUCGAGAUGUGCAUCCUCAUGGUCAUCGCGAUGAGCAGCAUCACACUGGCCGCAGAAGAUCCUGUCCAACCCAAUGCCACCAGGAACAACGUUUUGAGAUACUUUGACUAUGUGUUCACAGGAGUCUUUACUUUUGAGAUGGUUAUUAAGAUGAUUGAUCUUGGCUUGGUCCUGCAUCAGGGAGCGUACUUCAGAGACCUCUGGAAUAUUCUGGACUUCAUCGUCGUCAGUGGGGCCCUGGUGGCUUUUGCAUUCACCGGGAGCAAAGGGAAAGACCUGAAUACCAUCAAAUCUCUGAGGGUUCUUCGGGUACUGCGACCCCUGAAAACCAUCAAAAGGCUGCCUAAGCUUAAGGCUGUCUUUGAUUGCGUCGUGAACUCCCUGAAGAACGUCCUCAACAUCCUGAUCGUUUACAUGCUCUUCAUGUUCAUCUUCGCUGUGGUGGCAGUGCAGCUUUUUAAAGGCAGGUUUUUCUACUGCACUGACGAAUCCAAAGAGUUUGAGCGGGACUGCAGAGGGCAGUACCUGGUAUACAUGAGGGAGAGUGAUAUUAAGGCGCAGAAAAGAGAGUGGAAACGAUAUGAGUUUCAUUAUGAUAACGUGCUGUGGGCCUUACUCACACUCUUCACUGUAUCUACCGGAGAGGGCUGGCCAGACGUGCUGAAACACUCGGUGGACGCUACUUACGAGAACCAAGGACCCAGCCCCGGCUACAGGAUGGAGAUGUCUAUUUUUUACGUCGUCUAUUUUGUGGUCUUCCCUUUCUUCUUUGUGAAUAUCUUUGUGGCCUUGAUCAUCAUCACAUUUCAAGAACAGGGGGAUAAAAUGAUGGAAGACUGCAGCCUGGAGAAAAAUGAGAGAGCCUGCAUCGAUUUCGCUAUCAGUGCCAAACCCUUGACACGACAUAUGCCACAGAACAAACAGACCUUUCAGUACAAGAUGUGGCAGUUUGUGGUGUCACCUCCGUUUGAGUACACAAUCAUGGCUAUGAUUGCCCUCAACACUGUGGUGCUUAUGAUGAAGUUUUCCGAUCAACCACAAUCUUAUGACGAUGUUCUCAAGUAUCUCAAUAUGGUGUUCACCAUUUUGUUUUCAUGUGAAUGUAUUCUGAAGAUUAUUGCCUUUGGAAUUCUGAACUAUUUUCAGGAUGCUUGGAAUGUAUUUGAUUUUGUCACAGUCCUGGGCAGUGUCACUGAUAUAUUGGUGACAGAGUUUUGGAAAAACAUUAUCAAUCUCAGCUUCUUGCGGCUGUUCCGCGCUGCUCGACUCAUCAAGCUCCUGAGGCAGGGUUACACCAUCCGUAUCUUGCUGUGGACGUUCGUUCAGUCUUUCAAGGCCUUGCCUUACGUCUGUCUACUGAUUGCGAUGCUGUUCUUCAUUUAUGCCAUCAUUGGAAUGCAGGUGUUUGGGAAUAUUGCUGUGGAUGACGAUGAAGAUAGUGAGAUCAACCACCACAACAACUUCCGGACAUUCCUCCAGGCUCUGACCCUUCUUUUUCGAAGUGCAACAGGAGAGGCGUGGCACAGCAUCAUGUUAUCAUGCUUGGGCGGCAAACCAUGUGACCCUCGAUCUGGCAUCGUAGGAAACGAGUGUGGCAACGAGUUCGCCUAUUUCUACUUUGUCUCCUUUAUUUUCCUCUGCUCCUUCCUGAUGCUGAACCUUUUUGUUGCUGUCAUCAUGGACAACUUUGAAUAUUUGACAAGGGACUCGUCCAUCCUGGGUCCGCAUCACCUGGACGAGUACGUCAGGGUCUGGGCUGAGUACGACCCUGCUGCCCGCGGCCGCAUUCAUUAUAAGGAUAUGUACAGUUUAUUGCGUGUAAUCUCACCCCCUCUGGGCUUAGGCAAGAAAUGUCCUCAUAGGGUGGCCUGCAAGAGGCUCUUGCGAAUGGACUUGCCAGUUGCCGAGGACAACAGCGUGCAUUUCAACUCCACGCUUAUGGCUUUGAUUAGAACAGCCUUGGACAUCAAAAUUGCUAAAGGAGGGGCUGACAAGCACCAAAUGGACCGCGAGUUGAGGAAGGAGAUGAUGUCCAUUUGGCCAAACCUCUCCCAGAAGACAAUUGAUCUGCUGGUUACACCUCAUAAAUCUACGGAUCUCACGGUAGGGAAGAUCUACGCGGCCAUGAUGAUCAUGGAAUACUACCGGCAGAGCAAAGCCAAAAAGCUCCAGCUACUCCACGAGGAGCAGAAUCGAACGCCAUUACUAUUUCAGCGCAUGGAGCCACCGUCGCCUACCCAGGAGAUGGAUCCAGGGCAGAGCGCUUUGCCGGAGCAGCAGCAUGUAUCUGGGAAUGCCCUACCACAAGAUGGGAUAAUGAAGGAGAGUCAAUCUUGGGUCACGGAUCGAGCUCAAAAAAUGUUUCAGCAGACGGGGGCUUGGAGUCCUGAAAGAGGUCGAUCGGAGGAGAUAGAAGACACUCGGCCAAACUCUCAGGCUGUGGAGAUGCAAGAAAUGGGGAGGGACGCCUACUCGGACAGCGACCAUUACCUCCCGAUGGAAGGCCAAAGUCGAGCAUCCUCCAUGCCACGACUACCAGCAGGGAACCAAACCAUCGAAGACACGAGCCCAAUUAAGAGAUCGGCGUCCACACUGGGCCAUCAGCGCUCCAAGGGCAUACGGCUAGAUGACUACUCGCUGGAGCGGGUCAUCCCUGAGGAGUCACAAAGGACCCAUCGCCGCAGGGAGAGGGGACACAGAACAUCGGAGAGGUCAUUAAGCCGAUACACGGAUGCUGACACAGCUUUUAUUGAUAUAGGGCUCGGAACAGAUCUCAGUACUACAACACAGUCGGGUGACCUCCCUCCAAAAGAGAAGGAUCGGGAGCGAGGAAGACCCAAGGACAGGAAACACCACCAUCACCACCACCACCACCACACAUCAUCUGACAAGGAGCGUUAUUCCCAGGAACGGCAUGAAUACAGCAGACCUCGAUCAAGGGAUAGGCGGUGGUCCCGAUCCCCUAGUGCAGGCCGCGAGUGUGUCCCCCAUAGACAGGGCAGUAGUUCUGUGAGUGGGAGUCCAGUUCCUUCCACUUCUGGUACCAGCACACCGAGGAGGGGACGCAGGCAACUCCCCCAGACUCCCUCCACGCCCAGGCCGCAUGUCACCUACUCCCCCGUGGUCCGCAAGGCCAUGAACACAUCGCAGCAGCAGGGCAGGACACCGACCCCUGUGCCACGCCGGUACUCACCCCCACCCCCGGAGCACCGAGGCGAGAGGCACAGCAGCAGCAGGUCCCCUGGCACGGAGAGAGGCACCGUCCCGCGCAACGGCUCCCCCCGACUGCAUCGCCAGAGCAGCGGCCAGUGGUCCACCCCCAGCUCCCACCUCUCCGAGCCUUACCUGGGGUGCCACGACGAUGACUAUUACCGCAGCCCCGACUACGACGGCGCGCCGAGGGAGGAGACUCUGACCUUCGAGGUGGCCAUGGCGACGAGCUCCGGGAGGUCGCCGAGGACUUGUCGGGCACCGUCCUCCUCCGUGUCCCUCCCGAGGCACGGGCGCCGGGUACCCAACGGGUACUACCACAACCUGGGGCCGACGAAAACGAGAGGGCCCGGCGCAAGGAAAGGGAUGCACGAACCCUACAGUGAGACCGACGAGGACGACUGGUGCUAGCCCCCACCCUCACCCCGCCAUCUCCUCCCUCCCACACCCCCCCCCCCCGACACCUCCAUACUUCUUACAUUGCCAAGCGAGCCGGAGGAGCGAGAGUCUCUGGGCCUCCUGAGGAGCUCUAGCCUUCCAAACAUUAUUUAAAAAAUCAAUGAAGGGGAGAAAAAAAACACAAUCUUUACAGGGAAUGCGGGGAGGGUUUGGUGCAAACGGGUGCGCGUCGAGGAAUCAAAAUGGCGGCGGUCUGGUCACGUGCUUAGUAAAAUUGAGCGGGAAAAGGAAAAGAAGACCUAUAGAAGGACUGUUGGCGAAGCUGUUGGGGGUUUUAUCGAUGAGUUUUAUCAUCCGUUACCUGCUAAUAUGUUAUUGGUAUUGUUUUGGCUCGUGUGGGGUGGGGGGUGUAGGUUUGCCGCGCUCUCCGGCAGCCUCAGAGGAGCGGUUGCUAAGCAACGGUGAUCGUCCGGCGACGUGGGGAGCCUGGCUUCAGCUUGGAAAUUGUGCUGUUACCGCCUCAUCAGAAUGGCCCAUCACAGCAUGGAUUCCUCUCUCUCUCUCUUUCUAUAAAAGAGCAUGUCGUGGCCAAGAGCACUUUGAUUUACUGUG